AUGGGCACGGCGGCCUCGGCCCCGAGCAUCAGCCGGGAGCAGGCGAAGCGGAUCUGUCCGCCGGAGCGCUGGGCGGAGGUCGAGGAAAAGUGGCCCCAGCUCGCCGAGGACGACGGGACCGUGAGCUCGCCCAAGGCCUUCGUCACGGCCUCGAAGCUGAACCUCGGCAUCCCCGGGACGACGGUCGACCUGAGCAACGUCGGCGUGCGCGCGCUCAUGCGCUUCACCAUGGACCAGUCCCAGUACGGGAACCUCGCCGAGGUCUUCCGCAAGAAGGAGGGCCUCGACGACGAGCGGCGCGAGCGCCUCGGCGCGGCCGCGGCGAAGGCGCUCGCGGAAUUCGCGGCGCUCACGGAAAAGGAGAAGGAGCGCGUCCGCAAGCAGGGCGACAUGGACCUCUACACGGACGUCGCCCAGAAGCGGCGCGAGGUGCUCUUCGUCGAGCACGCGGGCGUCUCCGCGCAGCUCGAGCGCUGGUGGCAGGCCGCGUUCCUGUAUCUGGACAAGGACUGGAACGAGCACCUGGACUGGGAGGAGUACAAGGAGUUCCACAAGCGGCUCAUGCGCCUGCUCGAGGGCGCCGACGAGAUGACGCCGCAGGAGGCGGAGGAGACGAUGCGCGCGGACUUCAAGGUCGACGCGGGCGACGACGGCCUCGUGUCGCACGAGGAGUUCCGCUACGCGGUGUUCCAGCUCGCGGACACGUGGACCGUGAGCCUCGACGGCGACGAGUACGUCGAGUUCCUCGCGAAGAGCUUCGACGUCGUCUUCAAGGACCUCAUCGAGAACGACUUCCUGCGGCCGCCGCUCUGCUGGCGGCCGACGCUCCGCAAGGGCGCGAUGGUGAAGACGGCGCUGAACGAGGCGAAGACGACGAACGCCAUCUCCGAGAUCAUCGUGGCGAAGCUCAAGGCCGACGCCGCGGCGGACGCGAAGCAGAAGCCGCGCCAGCCCUUCCCGCAGUUCGUGCUCAAGUUCUUCGAGCAGAGCCACGGCAUCGGGACGAAGAUGCUCCUCAAGCACUUUGGCAUGUUCGUCAACGGCGCCUUCGCCCUCAUCGACGACCCGCGGAGCGAGUUCCACGACUACGCGCUGACCUUCGGGCAGAUGGCGGGCAUCCACACGGACAGCGGCCGCGUCGCCGCGUUCCCGGCGUCCGCGUCGACGUUCAUGCUCGACUACUUCGUCGCCGUGCGGCCGCUCGUGGGGCUCUACCGCGGCGACCGCGUGGAGCGCAGCAGCUCCCUCGAGGCCGUGAUUUCGAAGGGCGAGACCGCGGCCUACUUUGGCUACAUCGUCGCCGCGGACGCGCGGCGCGUGCUCCUCGACCACCUCGCGAAAGCUUUGGAGGUGACGACGAAGGACGCCAUCUACGUCGCCGCGCUCCUCGCCUUCGAGUCCAUGUGCCGCAGCGUGGACGUCGUCCAGCACAAGGUCACCUACACGGUGAGCCUGUCGACGUCCAUGGAGCUCGUCGCGCUCGCGGGCGUCAUCUCCGCGUCCGUCGCCGAGGAGCGCGCGCGCGCGGCCGAGGCCCGCGACCCGACGGAGCUCGGCACGCAGCUCCUCGAGGUGUUGGCGACGCCCGCGCACGCGGGCCAGCGCGCCAUCGCGGCCGUGUCCCACGAGGCCAAGGCCUUUGGGGGCCGCGCGGACACGCGGAAGGCGUCGCUCGACAUGUCCGCGCCGGCCAAGGCCCUCGCCGCCGCGAAGCACGCGUCGCAGCACCGCGAGAAGCGCAAGUCGCGGACGAACCUCGACGCGACGGGCGACAUCGCGGCCUUCGCGGCGCAGCACGCGGCCGACGCCGCGGCCUCGGAGCGCGCGACCGCGUCCUUCGACACGACGCAGGACCGGGCCACGGCGUCCUUCGCCGAGGGCCGCGCGUCCUUCGCGUCCGUGGACACGGCCGAGCUGUUGCCGAAGCAGGUCGACGCCGUCCGGAGCCUCGCGGGCGCCGUCGCCCCGACGAAGGUCCGCCACGUAGCGAAGAUGGCCAGCUUCGACGCCAAGGCGCCGCCGAAGAACCGCUGGGUGGUGCAGCCGGCGCACCUCGGCAAGGACACGAUCGUCCACUACCACGCCGCCGGCGGCGACGCGGCGGCGCUGGGCCACGCGCUGCGGCGCAACGGCGGCGACGCGUCCGGCGGCGGCCUGGCGCACUUCUACUCGCCGCCCGUGCACCUCGCGAGCGCCUACGGCCACCUCGCCUGCGUCGAGCUGCUCCUGGAGCGCGGCGCGACCGUCGGCGCGGACGACGCGCGGCGCGGCGGCCGCACGCCGCUGCACCUCGCGGCGCUCGGCGGCCACGCGGCCGUCGCCGAGGUGCUCCUGGACGCGGGCUGCGACGUGAACGCGCGCGACGGCGCCGGCGGCACGCCGCCCCUGCACGCGGCGGCCUUCGCGGGCCACCUGAGCACCGUGGCCGCGCUCCUGCGGCGCGGCGCGGACUCGAAGCUCCGCGCGGCCCACUCCGGCGAGCUCGCGCUGCACGCCGCGGCGCGCGGGAACCGCCCGCGCGUCGUCGAGGCCCUCGUCCAGCACGAGUCGAGCGGCGCGGGCGUCAAGGAGCUGCCCGGCGUCAUCGAGCGCCUCAGCGAGCCGCUCGCGCGGGGCAGCCUCUUCACGCGGCCCUACCAGCACGCCUACUCGAGCGGGAGCCGGGCCUGCGCGGCGCCCAUCGAGGCCGUCGUCCGCGACUGCAAGGCGCAGAUCUACCCCGGCGGCGCCGGCGGCGGGCCCAAGGCGUGGGGCCGCGAGAUCGACGCGACGCCCGCGGCGCCGAAGCUCGAGCCGCCGCCCAAGGUCAAGCCGCCCGUGGACCACAACGCGACGGCGCGGGCCGCGCGCUCCGACGCGCCCGUCGUGCUCCUCGACACGAAGCGCUGGCUCAGCUCCGCGGAGAACGGCGACUUUGGGCAGGGCCGGUGCCGGCUCUGCGACCCCGUCGCCCAGGACGCGCGCGGCCACCGCUGCAACACGACGCACUCCACGGAGCAGCACUACGCCUGGGCCGACGUCACGCGCGCGGAGACGCGCAAGGCGCGGAUCAAGCACCAGCGCGAGCGCAAGGAGGGCCGCCUCGCGCCCGGCGAGGUGCCGUGGCGGAGCUGGUCCACGGCGACGGCCGCGAGCGCCGACCGGCUCAGCGGGUCCAGCGCGGUCCACUUGUCCACGUCGAAGGGCGCGGUGGACACGGCCGCGAGGAUCACGGGCAGGAUCGCCGCCAUCUCCUCGCGCGCGACGAGGCCGCCGGCGCCGUUGGCCUGCUUCGCCGUCUCGCCGUCGCGCAGGCGGCGCACGAAGACGCCCGGCGCCAGCGUCGCCGCAAUGGCCGGGUCGCGCGCACUGCGCGUCUCGGCGCUGCUGCUGCUCGCCGUCCGCACGGGCGCCUUCUUCGAGCGCGGCAGCGACGUGGUCGUCAUCGACAGCGUCGCCAAGUGGAAGGAGCACAACCCGGCCAAGUCGAACCACCUCUGGGUCAUCAGCUUCUAUCGCGAAGGCUGCGGCUUCUGCGUGUUGCUCGAGCCGGAGCUGCAGAAGGCGGCGACGAAGCUGCGGAAGCUCGUGUACUUCGGGGCCGUCGACGUCGAGAAGCACCGGACCGUCGCGGACGUCAUCGUGAAGAAGCACGGCGUGAAGAUCGAGGGCGUGCCGACGAUCGUCGCGUUCAGCCCCACGGCGUCGGCGUCGCCCUUCGUGUACGCGGGCGAGCGGAAGGCGUCGGCCCUCGUCGCCUUCGCGGGGGACCGGCAGCCCGACUUCGUCAAGCGAUUGGCGGGCGACGACUGGAGCGCCGCGCCGGACGCGUUCGCGGCGCGGCGGGUCCUGCUCUUCACGGAGAAGCGGUCGCCGACGGGCCUCUUCAAGGGCCUCGCGAGCCGCUUCCGCGGCGAGAUCGACUUCGGCAGCGUCUACUGCGGCGACGCGGGCGCGAACGGUGCGCUCCGCGCGAGGUACGGCGUCGAACACAGCGCGGACCUGCCCGCGCUCAUCGUCGUCCCGAACCCGCGGUCCGACUUCCAGAAGGCGACCAAGGCCAUGCGCAAGCUCGCGCCGUCGGGCGAGGGCUUCCGCGUGCCCCUGGGCAAGAAGCCCUCCUUCAUGCGCCUGGAAUUCGCGCUCAUGCCCUUCGCCGUGCAGGCGCCGACGCUGCUCCCCAAGGAGGACGACGCGCCGGCGGCGUCGAAGCGGCCGGAGCCCGACGACUCCGGCGCGCCCCACCCGGAGGAGGCGCGCUUCCGCGCGGGCAAGGAGGCGCGCCGGCGCCACGGCCACCACCGCAAGAAGCACCGCAAGCCCGAGGUCUACGUCGACUCGUCCUGGCAGGACUCCGUCUGGGACGACGGGGAGCUGUAA